CAGAGGCAUGCCAGAGGCUGCCCGGCGCAGUGGCCAUGGCCGUGCGCGGCUCUGUGAGCGAGUAUCCUGAUUACGGCCCUUAAGUGCCACCGCUACCCAUCGCUACCCGUCGCCCGGCUGCCUGGCGGGCGGACAGUCCGGCAGUCAAACCUCGCGCGCCGGGGCAGUCUGCAGCAGCCUGCAGCAGCGCGACCACCCUCCCGACCACGCCACCGGAAAUGCAUCCACCCGCCCCGCGCCCGGAGCUGACUCGCUGGAACUGAAAGCACAGCCGGCACGGCCCCCGUGUGACUACGCCACGCUGUCUGUGCGAUGCAGGUGGACACAAUGGGCGGCCCGCGGGGCGGCCCGCGGGGCAUGCUGCCGCCCAUCGUGGUGCUGCACCGCAACUCGUCGACGUGGCCGACCGAUUCCGUGUGCAUCCUGGACGACCCGGCCUUCGCCACGUCCAGCGCGCUGCUGCGCGCCGUGCUGUCGGUGCAGGGCAUCACGGCGCUCACCAUCAUGCUCGUGAACGCCUACACCAUGGCCGCCAUCUGGCCGCGCCGCCACCGCCGCUCCACCCAGUCCACGCUCUUCGUGCUGCACCUCGCCCUGGCCGACGCGCUCGUCGGCGUCUCCAUGUUCGUCCACAUCAUCUUCUCCACGAGCUGCUUCAUGGCCAACCUGGCCGCCACCCAUGAGUCGGCCUGCCUCAUCCCCGUGGUCCUCGGCAUGUUCACGUGGACGCUGUCGGCCACCACACUGGCAGCCAUCGCCGUGGACCGCUACGUCUGCAUCAUGCACAGCCUGCGCUACUACGAGUUCAUGAACACGAGGCGAGUGACGACCAUCCUCUGCAGCCUGUGGGUCUUCUCCAUCUUCUGCGCGUGCCUCUACCUGCCGACGUGGGAGUGGCAGGAGGGCCGCCUCUGCCAGGAGCAGAACAUCGUCCCGGUCUGGCACCUGGUCGCCGUGCAGAUGCCGCUGAGCGUGCUGGUGCUGGGCGUGGUGGCCGUGACGCACAUCAGCAUCAGGCAGGAGGCGAGACGCAGCCACGCCCGCGCCAAGGCGGCGCACGGCGCGCCCUGGCUGGUGCAGAGCCACUCCAGCGCCUCCAUCCGCUCCGCCAGGAUCGUCAUCCUGGUGGUGGGCGGCUUCAUCAUGGGGGACUUGCCCAUGAAGGUGUUCCAGGUGCUGCUGAUCGUGGAGGACGGCUCCGACAACUGCAGCUACUGGGCGUUCGUGGCGCUGCAGAUCUUCUCCUCGCUGUGGUACCUGGUGAACCCCUUCAUCUACGCGUGGAAGAACGCCUCCAUCCGCGAGGACAUGACGGUGCUGUGGACGCGGCUCACGGCCAGGUGCAAGUGCUCCACGGUGGACCAGUGCAUGGCGGGGUCGCGGACGCCCGUCGGGGCGCGUCGCUUCUAGACGGACACUGUCUCUCUCUUUUCGACUUACUUUCGACAACGGGAAUGAAAGAAAGCUUUUUAAACCUUUUUUUUUGAAA